UUUUAAAAAAAAAUCAAAAUGUAAGCUUUUAAUUCCCAAAACAAGACUAUAAUGUGUAUAUUGUUGAUGUAUAAUUGUGUAUAUAUGGUAUAGGUAUAUACGUAUGUAUGUGUUGGUUUGUAAUGAAGAGAAUUCUUCUAUGUGUGGGGACGCAUCUUGACUUGAGGAGUAUAUGUGUUCCUGUAAUUUCGGGAUGCUUUGCUUUUAGUUGAAUUUGUAUAUUUUGAAUUUUGAAUCAUUGGAAAAUCUUUGACUUGGAAUUUGACAAUUUAUUACUACACAGUGAUUACUUGAUUCGAUGUUCAAAGAAAUUAUGAUCUUGCCGAACAUGGAAUGAAUUCAUGAAUUUUUUGGGAGUUUCUUUGAAUUCCUCGGAACCUGUUUUUUCUGGGUUCUGUGUCUUACAAGAGACUGUAGUGCAACGGUCGUCUUGCAUUGAUUGAAGUUACAGAGAGAGAGAGAGGCAGGCGCGUCAAAUUGUAGGUUUGAUAAUCUUCUUGCUUGGUGCUCUGGUGCUUUACCAUUCAGAUUUGCUUCAAGAAUUUAUCUCGGAAUAAAGGCCAGGCCAUUCAUCUUGUUAUAAAUUUUUGGAAGUUGCAACACAUUUUCUUUAGUCCUGUUAUUGAGAACUAGGCACAGCUGAUCAGAACUGCAAGGCGGCUCUUGCAAGACUAUCUUAUGAGCUUUGGUCAGCAAUCCCAGUUGAACUCGUAGAGAUGAAGAAGUUCUUUUUUAGAUUUUCUGCUUCUAGCAAUGGAAACAACAAUCCAUCAGACAGUAGACUGAAUAAUCAAUCUACUGACAAGGCUGAGAAUACUUUCCGAAGUCCCAGGGGCUCUUCCAAAACUCGAAAUCAAGUAUUUGCAAGCCAGACGUCUGGUACCAGUCCAUGUCUUAGAAGGAGCCUUUCAUUCUCGUCAGCAGUGUUUCAUGAAGAUGGGCUAGGACAGAAAAAUUUAUCUCGCUUUGGCGACCAAAAUGGGUCUCCUUGUAAUAGCAGUACUAUUUCACACAAACGAUCAGAUCGCCGUUCAUCUCGUUGUCGUGCGCUUACUCCUGAGAGACAAUCCAGGCCAAAAUGCUUUGAAACAGCUGUUGUCCAAAAUGCAAACAUGGUAGAGAAGCCCGGUUCUUCCUCUUCUUCAAGAGGUUACUAUGAUUACUUGGAAAGCUCUUCAAAUUGCUCUAGUAAUGUCUCAAAUAAAGUCGUGGACCGUUACAUUGAUGGGGAAGAAGAGCAGGAAAGGAGUUCACCAAAGAGUGAUCCAUCCCAGAGAAAUCACAUCGGAAAUGGAGCGGGAAAGCGUCCCCCACGAGUUCAGUAUACAGCACCUGCUUCACCAACUGAUUGUAUGAAAGAGAAACCAAGAUCUCAUUCAUUUAGGGAAACAAAGGGAACUCAACCUUAUUUUUGGUCCAGAGAUUGUGUCGAGAAUGGAUACGGGCAUGAAUCUCCACGGAGAAUUGCAAAGCAUGUGAUUGAAAGACUUAGUCAAUCCCAUGUUUUGCCCAAAACAAGUUCAAAGGAAUUUGGCCCUGAUGCUCCAAUCACAAUUGAAGAUAUCUAUGGUGUAUCCUUGAACCGAUGCCCUAGUUUAAAUGCAGAUGAGGUUUCCCAAAAGGGUUGUCCACCGGAUGGAUCUGAUGAAACCACCAAUGGAUAUCACCACAACAAAAUUUCAGUUUUCCCUCGUGAUAAUUAUGGAGUUGUGAACUCUGUUGAGGCUGAAGAGGACGUAGAUGCAGAACUACUUAGAAAAUCGAAGGAAGCUGAGGAGCGGUUCUUGUUACUUUCAGAAGAGCUUGAGGAAGAGGACUUUCUUGAGGACAGUGGGUUAAGUUUCGGUGAGCCGGCUCUGAUCCAGAAAAUUAGAAACAUAACCGAGGAGAAGGUAAGCAUGGCACAUGAGAUUUCAGCUGUCCUACAGGCCCAAAUUGCUCAGAGGGCUUCAGCCAGGGAAGAACUCAGAUUGUCGAGGGCAGAAUUGGACUCACAGACCCGAAGACUGGAAAAGGAAAAGAAGGAGUUGCAAUCAGCACUAGAGAAGGAGUUGGAUAGAAGAUCAAUUGAUUGGUCAUUCAAGCUUGAGAAAUACCAGACAGAAGAGCAUAGGCUUCGUGGGCUGAUUUCUGUUUUCCCUCGUGAUAAUUAUGGAGUUGUGAACUCUGUUGAGGCUCAAGAGGAUGUAGAUGCAGAACUACUUAGAAAAUCGAAGGAAGCUGAGGAGCGGUUCUUGUUACUUUCAGAAGAGCUUGAGGAAGAGGACUUUCUUGAGGACAGUGGGUUCAGUUUCGGUGAGCCGGCUCUGAUCCAGAAAAUUAGAAACAUAACCGAGGAGAGGGUAAGCAUGGCACAUGAGAUUUCAGCUGUCCUACAGGCCCAAAUUGCUCAGAGGGCUUCAGCCAGGGAAGAACUCAGAUUGUCGAGGGCAGAAUUGGACUCACAGACCCGAAGACUGGAAAAGGAAAAGAAGGAGUUGCAAUCAGCACUAGAGAAGGAGUUGGAUAGAAGAUCAAGUGAUUGGUCAUUCAAGCUUGAGAAAUACCAGGCAGAAGAGCAUAGGCUUCGUGGGCUGAUUUCAGUUUUCCCUCGUGAUAAUUAUGGAGUUGUGAACUCUGUUGAGGCUGAAGAGGACGUAGAUGCAGAACUACUUAGAAAAUUGAAGGAAGCUGAGGAGCGGUUCUUGUUACUUUCAGAAGAGCUUGAGGAAGAGGACUUUCUUGAGGACAGUGGGUUCAGUUUCGGUGAGCCGGCUCUGAUCCAGAAAAUUAGAAACAUAACCAAGGAGAGGGUAAGCACGGCACAUGAGAUUUCAGCUGUCCUACAGGCCCAAAUUGCUCAGAGGGCUUUAGCCAGGGAAGAACUCAGACUGUCGAGGGCAGAAUUGGACUCACAGACCCGAAGACUGGAAAAGGAAAAGAAGGAGUUGCAAUCAGCACUAGAGAAGGAGUUGGAUAGAAGAUCAAGUGAUUGGUCAUUCAAGCUUGAGAAAUACCAGGCAGAAGAGCAUAGGCUUCGUGGGCGAGUUAGGGAGCUCGCAGAGCAGAACGUCUCACUCCAAAGGGAUUUCUCUUCCUUAAGUGAGAGGGAAACGGAAAGUAGAAGCAGAUUUGCAGAUUCAGAGAAGCAACUUAAGGACCUGACUACAAGAGCGGAGGAAACAGACAAGGAGAAUCAAAAUUUGCGACAAAAUCUUUUUGAGUUACAGGAGAAGUAUAGAGCAGCAGGAGAAGAUCAAGAUUGCAUCAAAAGAAACUGGCAAGAGAAAGAGAAAGAGUGCAAGGAGUUGCACAGAUCUAUAGCUAGAUUGAUAAGAACAUGCAGUGAACAAGAGAAGACGAUUGAUGGGUUGCAAAAAGGGCUUAGUGAGGAAGUUGAGAGGAAGGCUUCUCAAGAGAACUUUGAUAAGCAGUUGGGGAAAUUGCAGAUGGAGCAAAUAAGGUUGACUGGAGUGGAGCAGGCUUUGAGGAAGGAGGUGGAAUCUCAUAGGCUUGAAGUUGAUUCUUUGCGGCAUGAAAACAUAAACCUAUUGCACCGUCUAAAAGCCGGCAGAAAGGACGGUGGCUUUUUGGCUUUCAAGCUAGAUCAGGAACUGUUGAACCGUGUUUGCUGCAUGCAAAAUCAAGCGCUGCCAUUGCUUAAUGAGAGCACCCAGCUUUGUACAAAGCUACUAGAAUACAUCAAAGUGAAAGCAAGCCAAAAUCAAGAAACUAAGCAGGGUAUUGAAUAUAUGAAGAAUGGUUUAGAUGGACAACUUGUUGUUGAAUCCGAUAUGAAGGUCCAGAGCUUCAAGAGGGGAACGGAAAGCCUAACACGGAGUUUACAGACAAUUUCUGUUGUGCUGAAUGAGAAGUCCAAGCUAGUCGUGGAAUCUCAUUCACAUUGCUUGGGUGAUGGAUCAGGCCAUCUUGUUGAUCAGAGCUCAGAGGACAUUUUAAGAUCAGAGCUUAAAGCAGAAACUUUACUAACAAGUUUAUUGCGAGAAAAGCUAUAUUCCAAAGAGGUAGAGGUGGAGCAACUGCAAGCUGAGCUGGCAGCUGGUGUUAGAGGUAAUGACAUGCUCAGGUGUGAAGUCCAAAAUGCAAUGGAUAACCUUUCCUGUAUGAUCCAUAAGAUGAAAGAUCUUGAACUUCAGUUGAUUAAGAAGGACGAGAACGUACAUCGGCUUCAAAGUGAACUCCAAGAAUGUACAAAGGAAUUAGCUAUUUUGAAAGGCAUACUACCAAAAGUAUCGGAGGAGAGAGAUUUGAUGUGGGAAGAGGUAAAGCAAUACAGCGAGAGAAACAUGUUGUUGAACUCCGAGGUUAACGUAUUGAAGAAGAAGAUAGAGGUACUUGAUGAAGAUGUACUUCUUAAAGAAGGGCAGAUCUCGAUCUUGAAAGACACCCUAGCCAAACCUUUUGACCUUCUUGGCAGUCCAGAUUCUAUGCAAGAAUUUCGGUGGUGAUGAUUUAUGAAGAGUUAGGACACUUUGGCUUGACUACAUAGGAAUGACUGUUUAUACUUAAUAUACUUUUUGGUUUGUUUCUUUUUUUUCGAUGUUGAUAUUUUGUUGAGGAAGAGUGAAGAAAUAUAUGGUAAUUCUUUUGUAAUAUACCUAAGCAGUUGUCAUAAUUGUUUGAUUUUCCCGGUUUGCUGAAGCAAGGAAAAUAGUUUUCCUUUUUUCGUU